AUGUCUGAACCAAUUAAGAAAAAAAAUGGUGAUAUUUCUAAAGCACCAACACCACAAAAUACACCAGCAUCAGUAACUUCAUCGUAUUUAAAAUCACAACCACCAACAGUUUCAACUAUAAAAGAAGAAGAAGGUGAAAUUAGUAAUGCAGCAGCUCAAACUAUUGCAAAUAAUCCAAUGUUAUUAAGUAUGAUUCAAGGUAAAUUAGGUGAUUUAGUUGGUAAACAAAGUGGUUAUAUUGAUUCAUUAUCAAAACCAACAAAAAAUAGAAUUUAUGGUUUAAAAUCUUUACAAUUAAGACAAAUGAAAUUAGAAGCUGAAUUUCAAAAAGAAUUAUUAAAUUUGGAAAAGAAAUUUUUCAAGAAAUAUGAACCGUUAUAUGAAAAAAGAAAAAAGAUUAUUAAUGGUGAUUUGGAACCAACAGCAGAAGAAAUUGAAGAAGGUGAACAAUUAGAUAAAGAAGACAAAGAGGCGGAGGGCGAAGAAAUAGAAGAAGAAGAAGAAGAAGAAGAGGAAGAGGCGGAAGUAGAUGAAGAAACAAGCAAAGGUAUUCCAAAUUUCUGGUUAACAGCUUUGGAAAACUUAUCAACAGUUCAAGAAACUAUAACUGAUAGAGAUUCAGAAGUAUUACAAAACUUAAUUGAUAUAAGAAUGGAAUAUUUAGAUACUCCAGGAUUUGAAUUAAUAUUUGAAUUUAAAGAAAAUCCAUUCUUUUCAAACACUAUUUUAACAAAAACUUAUCAUUAUCAAGCUGAAUUAGGUUAUAGCGGAGAUUUUGUAUAUGAUCAUGCAGAUGGUUGUGAAAUAAAUUGGAAAUCAAAGGAAAAUAAUGUUACAAUCAAUAUUGAAAAAAGAAAGCAAAGAAAUAAAAAUACAAAUCAAACAAGAACAAUAGAGAAAUUAUCACCAACUGAGUCAUUUUUCAAUUUUUUUGAUCCGCCAAAUCCAAAAGCAAAUGAAAAUGUAGAAGCUGAAGAAAAUGAAGAAGAAGUUGAUGACGAAUUAACUGGACGUUUAGAAUUAGAUUAUCAAUUAGGUGAAGAGAUUAAAGAUAGAUUAAUUCCAAGAGCUAUUGAUUGGUUUACUGGUGAUGCAGUUGAUUUUGAUUAUCCAGAAGAUUUUGAAGGUGAAGAAGAUGAAGAAUUUUCUGAUGAAGAAGGUGAAGAUAAUGAAGAUGAUGAUGAAGAAGAAGAUGAUGGUAAGAAACAACCACCACCUGAAUGUAAACAACAAUAA